UAUAAAUUAGUUAUUUCUUCAAUCUUCAUGAUUGAUUAUUAUAAAUUAAAGUUUUAAACGAUUUAAUUUAAAGUUGUAGUAUAUAAUUACAUAGAUUGCUUUGAAUUGGCUCCUUGAUUAGCCUUGCAUGCAUGUUACUGAGUACGUAUAUAAUAACGUACGUUAACGUUAUUACAUACGGAGUCGUACGUAGUGUUCAUUAAUAAGUGUUUCGUAUUUCUGACACUAAUAAAUUUGAACACAUUCGUAAGCUAAGAAAGCUCUAUCCAUCAGAUCAUCAAUGGCACAAUUACCUCCGAGAGCUCCAAACGUGACACCCACUUGGCACGACUUUUCUCUCCAGAAGCCGCCGGCCACGGCGGUCCCGUCUCUCACGCCGUCGUGGGUCGACGAGUUCCUCGACUUCUCGUCCGUCAAGCGUGGCUCUCACCGGAGGUCGAUCAGCGACUCCAUCGCGUUCUUGGAGAGCCCGAUGGCGGAGGAGUGCCGGCGGCUGUCCACCCCCGCCGGCGGCGGGGGUUCCGGGAUGAAUGGGAACGAGUUCGACCGGUUCGACGACGAGCAGCUCAUGUCCAUGUUCAACGACGACAUCGCGAAUUCGGUGGGGCCCACCAGCUCCAACACGUCGUCGCCGUCCGAUCACAACAGCAACAGCAACGAUGAUAAUGUGAAGGUGAAGAGCGGCGGCGCCGACCACCUCCGCCUCUACCAGACGCCGCCGCAGUUCAAGAGGGAACCGGAGGAAGUGGAAAGCUCAUGCAAGUCCGAGGAUCAAACGACGACCACCACGGCCCAUGAUGCGGCGGAUUACUCAUCGGAAAAGAUAGUUGAUCCAAAAAGAAUUAAGAGGAUAUUGGCAAACAGACAAUCAGCACAACGAUCAAGAGUGAGGAAAUUGCAGUACAUAUCGGAGCUAGAGCGUAGUGUUUCCACUCUACAAGCGGAGGUUUCAGUACUGUCACCGAGGGUCGCAUAUUUGGACCACCAACGUCUAGUUCUAAAUGUAGAUAACAGCGUCCUCAAGCAAAGAAUCGCCGCUCUUGCCCAAGAUAAAGUCUUCAAAGAUGCUCACCAAGACGCAUUGAAAAGGGAAAUAGAGAGGCUGAGGCAAAUUCAUUACCAGCAGAACUUAAAGAAUAUGGAAGAUAAUGGUACACAACCACCCCCUGCUGAUCAAUCUAAUUGUUCUGAAAAGAAAGAGCAACUUGCCCAUUGAUGAAGGAAAUUAAAGAGAGAUGUUUUCAGUGGAGGAGAAAAAGAAGAGUAGUGCAUUUAUGUAUGACAAGUGGAACCUACAAAGAGUUUCUAUGCAUGAGGGGCAAGAUAAGGUCACUUAGAUGUCUGCAGGCAGCCUCCCCCCACCUUACCCAAAGGAGGGACCAUCAAUCCCACCAUUACAGUGCUCUGCAACAUUUGGGCAUGGGUAGUUUAUUUUUUGUAUUUUGUGUUUCUGAGUGUUUCAUUGGUUUUUUAAUUGAAAGCCAAGUGAUCCAGUGUUUUCUGAUGCAUUCCCAUAUCUCUGUAACUCUUCUUUUUCUUCUUCAUUCAUUUGAUCCUUUCUUUUGGGAUUCUUUGUAUGACAUAUUAAUGAGCUCCCUUGUCAAAGGGAGGAAAAAUUGUAAAUAUUCAAUCAUUUGUUAGUAUAAAUGCCCCACAUUAAUAAUUUGUAGAGCAAGGUUCAGAAA